AAUUAACUACUAUAUAACAAUUAACUUACUUAAAUUUCUUUUCAGAAUGUUGAGCAUCUGGCUACUAGCAAGUCUCGUGCAGACUUGUCUGUGUGGUGGUCUGUACCAAGCGGCCGCUCCUGUGUCCUCUGUAGAGGCUCACGGACCUCUAGCUCGUCUGGCGCUUGACUCCAUGGGAGCGACAGGAGGAGUUCACUACUACAGCGGUUCUCACGUUCCUCUAGCUCCAGCUCCAGCGGCAGUUCCUGUAGCUCCAGCGGGUGUACAUAUAGCUCCAGCAGCUCUUCGUGUAGCUCCAGCGGGGGUACAUAUAGCUCAAGCAGCUGUUCCGUAUGCAGCCGCAGCUCCUGUAGACCUAGUCCACCAUGUUCCUGCAGUUGCCGAUGUCCCUGUCACCAAAUAUGUAGCACAGCCCGGCUACGUCCAGAAAUUAGUGGACGUUGCAAAAGCGAAGGUCGCUGUUGCGAAGCUUCAAGUAAGACGGCCCGCUAUACAAAAGCAGUUUUUCGACAUCGAAGAGCGCACCAUAGUCCGCCCCGUCGGUUCCGCCGUCGUGGAGCUCGAUGAGCCUCUCUCCAAGACCGUCAGCUCUCCGUUCACAGUGAUUCCGGCCGGACACCACACGGUGGCCCAGUUCCAGCAACCUCUAGCCUAUCCUGUGAACUCCAAUCUCGUUUCUUAUUACCCGUCUCAAAUUCCUGUGCAGAGUUAUCCUGCAUUCAUCCAACAGACUCAAGGGGUUGUGCAAAUUCCUCAGCAGUCAUUCCCUUUCCCUCAGCCUCCCCAGCAGUUGCCUUCAGCGCCCGAGCAGCCUCAACAACCUAACCCUCCAGCAUCUACGCCUCCACAGCAGACCCCUUCCUUCCCCCAACCGUCUAAUCCUAGCCUCGAUGACUCAUUCCCAAAUGCAGAGUUUGACUCAUCAGAUACGGUCGUCGUUGACAACCCUGAUUUUAGCAGAUCGAGCAUCCAAGGUAAUGAACAACCAGAGCCUAAUACCGAAACCGACACAGCUUCCGGAGAAUUUAGAAGUAGAUCGCAAGAACAAACUAGAAACGAUAUCAAUGAGCAAGAUACACAGCCAGAUCAAUCAGCUAUGGUCCAGCAAAUAUUGAACGAGUUUCAAGGGCGACAGCUAUUGAGGCAGUUCUUCAGAGAGAACGACCUGCAACCCAUUCAAAGAUUUCAGCAGCCCCAACCACUUCAGUUCCAACCCCUUCAGCCGUUCCAACAAGCACAAAAUUCUCCUAGCAUGCAGCCUCAACCACUCCAGCGGUCACAGGAAUCAACAUCCAGCGAAGAGAACACAUCUGCACCGACAGAAAGUAGCACUGAGACCACAACUCAAGAGGCUUCGUCGACAACUACAGAAUCUGAAAUUCCAACUUUGUUCCGAUCAUCCUUAGAUGCUCUUCAGCCGAAUGCCCAAGGAGUACAAAGCAAAUCGUACUCAAGUGAAGGCCAGAUCCCUUCGGUGAGGAAUUUGAGCCCGGAGGAAUCACAAGACAACCAACAAAAAUUGAUAGAGCUGCUCACAGGAAGAGGUGAAAUUUCCGAGGUGAGCCUGGGGAGGUCCGGGGUGAAGUUGUCAUCUGUGGGGGACUCAGGGGUCGUGAGGGGAAGAGUUCUAUCUGUGACACCGUCCCCGCGCACAGCAGGUGACGAGAGAGUGUCUACCAGAAGGGUUGUGGUUAGCCGCCCCAUACAGACCUUGGAAGAGGUGGAUAUCCAUCAACCCUUCACCAAACUCGAGAGGGUAGCUGUCCACGAGCCUGCCUUACUCAAGACUGCUCAUACCCACCUCGCCAGGGUCCCGACCGCUUUACCAGUGGUCAGUCGAGCAGUGGCUCCUGUACUCUAUCACUAACACAUCCUUGUCUCCCAACACAAGCCAAAUUAUGUUCAUUUCUGCGCAUUAUUUAUUUUUCAUUUUAGUUCAUGACCGCUAUAGAUUGGUGUAUCAUGUUCUAUUUUUCACCUUUAGUUGUAAAUACUUGCACAAUCCAUAUAGUUACUAUUGUAAAAUCGCACCUUUAUAGAAUUUCAUAGGUUUUUUUCACUGAUGUAACGAAUUUUUAGAUGUAUUAAAACAAAAUAAUACUUUAA